AAACCCAAUUUCUAACUACCAAACCAACGAGACGACACACCACCAACGAUCUCUCUCUUGACUAUUCCAAAUCUCCAAUCAUUACCUUUUCCAAAUUCUGAUCGAUUCACCAUACCGUCUUAUUUCUCCAUUGUGAUUUGUUUUCUUCAUUCAGCGAAAUUGAUCUCAUCAGAUUCUGUUUUUUUUUAUCAUCAUCAGUCAAUUUUUUGAAUUCAUUACCUCAAUUUUGUUCUACACGAAUUUCUAGGGUUUUAUUGAAAUCGAGAUUCAGAUUUUACCCUCUACUCUGAAUCCUUGGUCUCUGAGAUUGCUUCAUUAGUCAAGUUUCAGCUAUGGCGGAGGACAAAAACAACGGACGUGUGAAUGACGAAAGUGAGUACUCGUCGGAGGACGAAGGAACAGAGGAUUAUAAGAAAGGAGGAUACCAUACAGUAAGAGUCGGUGAUACUUUUAAGAAUGGAGCUUAUGUGAUUCAGAGUAAACUUGGUUGGGGGCAUUUCUCCACUGUUUGGCUUGCUUGGGAUACGCAAGAAUCGCGUUAUGUAGCUUUGAAAGUUCAGAAGAGUGCUCAACAUUAUACAGAGGCAGCAAUGGAUGAGAUAAAGAUUUUGAAACAGAUAGCUGAAGGUGACUCGGGUGAUAAGAAGUGUGUUGUAAAGCUACUGGAUCAUUUCAAGCAUACGGGUCCUAAUGGGAAGCAUGUUUGUAUGGUUUUCGAGUAUUUGGGAGAUAACCUUUUGUCGGUUAUUAAGUACAGUGAUUACCGAGGGGUUCCUCUUCACAUGGUUAAAGAGCUUUGUUUUCAUAUUUUGGUUGGGUUGGAUUAUCUUCAUCGUGAGCUUUCUAUUAUUCAUACUGAUUUAAAGCCGGAGAAUGUUCUGCUUUUGUCUACGAUUGAUCCGUCGAGAGAUGUGAGGAGAUCAGGUGUUCCACUUGUUCUGCCUAUAACCAAGGACAAGAUUGUUUCUGAGUCUGCUGUUAAACCUGAAACUAAAAGUUAUACGUACAAUGGUGAUUUGACAAAGAAUCAGAAGAAGAAGAUUCGUAAGAAAGCGAAGAAGGUGGUGGCUCAAGAUUUUGGUGGAGAGGAAGCUUUGGAAGAAAGUGAGAGAGAUUCUAACUCCGAAGCAAGAAUAAAUGGCAAUUCCACCGUAGAGAGAUCUGAAGGAAGUUCCACAAGAUUAAUGGAAGGUGAAGAAGCCAGAGAGAAGGCUAACAAAAAGAAUGGUCGGGGUAGUAGGAGAGGAAGCCGAUCCACAAGGCAGAAAUUACUGAGUGAUAUAGAGUGCAAAUGCAAAUUAGUAGAUUUUGGGAAUGCUUGUUGGACAUAUAAACAGUUCACAAGCGAUAUUCAGACAAGACAGUAUCGAUGUCCAGAGGUUGUUCUUGGCUCAAAAUACUCAACUUCUGCAGAUAUGUGGUCCUUUGCUUGUAUUUGUUUCGAGCUGGCCACCGGAGAUGUCUUGUUCGAUCCUCACAGUGGUGAAAAUUAUGACCGGGAUGAGGAUCACCUGGCAUUGAUGAUGGAGCUUCUAGGGAUGAUGCCACGAAAGAUUGCAUUAGGUGGUCGAUACUCACGAGAUUUCUUCAACCGACAAGGUGAGCUAAGGCACAUCCGGCGGUUGCGGUUUUGGCCCAUCAGCAAAGUCUUGAAGGAGAAAUAUGAUUUCAGCGAGCAGGACGCAAAAGACAUGUCAGAUUUCUUAGUCACAAUUCUUGAAUUUGUGCCUGAGAAGAGACCAACAGCCGCCCAAUGCCUAAAACACCCAUGGUUCAAUCCUGGCCCGAGAUUGCUUGAACCGUCACUGAAACCACAACAACCAAAAGGAGAAGAAGAAGGAGCAGCAAAUGAGAACAUAGAAAAGGAAAAGGACGAAAGAGAAGCAAUGGAAGCUGGUGUAGGGAAUAUCGCUAUUGAUGUCUCUGAACCGAAGUGACAACGAGAGAAGGACGUCAAUAUGGUCGAGAUCUUCGCACGUAAUAAAAUGAUAAAACUACCUCCAAAAUUUAUUUAUCUGUCUCGUCUUCGGUUUGUUGUUUGAGGUUUGGCUUUUUUCGGUAUCGAAGAUUCAGACUUGUGUGUUUCGUUUCGUGUUUGAGGGUAAGAUUUGAAAUUUUGUUACUUGGAACCAAUUGAGAUUGAAAGUGGUGAGAUUAUAAGAGACACAAAUUGGGGUUCAAUGCAAAUCCAUAUAUCCUUACGAAUUCAUAUUCUCUACUUCAUUAGAACAACAUUCAUAUCUUUGAUUAGACUUCUCUCAAUGUCACCAUUCGUCCUCACAUGUUCCAUAUCAUUCUUUUUCUUAAUCAC